AUGAGACAUAUAAUAGUGUAUCGACCUCCAUAUUCUUCGUUACAUCCUGUUUCUGCCUCUGUUUUCUUUGAUGAAUUCUCUCAGUUUUUAGAGAAUGUUGUUAUGUGCCCCAAGGUUCUUGUUAUCUCUGGAGACUUCAACCUUCAUUUAGAUGACCUCCGUGACAAUUACGCCAAGAAAUUUAUGGAUUUACUGGACACGUUUAGUCUUUCGCAACAAGUUUCCGGCCCGACCCAUUUAUCGGGUCAUACCUUGGAUCUAAUUAUUACUCGUUCGUCGGAUGAUGUUGUUCUUACUUCUCCUAAAGCUACUUUUCCCAUCUCCGAUGAUCUCAGUGUCCUAUUGGCUUCCCGCGACCAACUUUAUCAUGCAAAGAACUGACUUUUCGUAAACUCAAAAAUAUUGAUAUUGCCGAAUUCUUAGCUGAUAUUGCCUCUUCUAUGUUUUGUGCAAGCGUACACUGGGACAACAUUGAUGCACUCUCCGACUGCUUUAACACUACCCUUAACGGACAUUUUGGACAAGCAUGCCCCGCUUAA